GACGGCAGUCCCAUUGUGUGCAUCUUAAAGCUGAGGCAGGAAACAUCAAACGUCCCCCUUCUUCCUCUCCUUGAUCCUGUCUCCCGUGUCCUCUCGCGCGUGUGCAAGCCUCGUCCUUGCUGCUCGUCUAUUUUCCGAUAUGUCAUGAUCUCGAUCCUGUCCUGACGUUGCUUUUCUACUUUGGUUUUCUGUUUAAAAUCCCUGGUCAAUUGGGCCUCUUUUCUUUCCUCCUCUCUCCCUCUCCCCUCCACCUUGGACUACUUCCCAGCCAGCCAGCCAGCCCACUUUGUGUGCAUAACGUCAAGAUUACUCGUCUCACUUCCCUCUCGAUACCCUCAGUCCCUUCUGACUGUAUUUUUCUUGCCUCCUGUUAUUUUUCUAGAUCUCAUCCUCGUCCCCAUCCUCACCUCCGUUCUCUCGCACGACCCCACCGUCGUCAACCCACACUCAAAUUCUCACCAACCCUCUCAAUUCCAAUCUCAACCUGGUGUCCUUCUUGUCGCACUCCAAGACCACCUUCAACCCACCCCUUCAAUCGGCCUGCCAUGUCAUCGGUCAAGCGGAAGGCUGUCGCCCAGGCCGUUGGAUCUGACCCGAAAAAGGCAAAGCAGAAUGGCAGCAUCACCUCAUUCUUUGGAGCCCCCAAGGCUGUGCCCGCUGGUGCGAAUGGUGGCUCUGCCUCCCGUACUGCUGCAGCAGCGCCUGAGCCUGUCGCCAAGUUUGACAAGGCUAAGUGGGUUGCUACCCUGACUGAGGAGCAGAAACAGCUACUGCAGCUCGAGAUCGAUACCCUGCACCCUAGCUGGUUGGCCCACUUAAAGGAUGAGAUCGUGACCAAGGAGUUCUUGGAUCUCAAACGCUUCCUUGACAGGGAGGCUGCGGCCAAAAAGAAGAUCUUUCCCCCGCGGGAGGACAUCUACUCCUGGUCCCGUCACACCCCCUUCAGCAACGUCAAGGUCGUGGUCGUUGGCCAAGACCCCUACCACAACGUGGGUCAGGCCCAUGGCCUGGCUUUCUCCGUCAGACCGCCCACCCCUGCGCCACCUUCUCUCAAGAACAUGUACACUUGUCUCAAGAACGACUACCCUUCUUUUGUGCCACCACCAAACCGUGGUGGCCUCCUUACCACCUGGGCUGACCGUGGUGUACUUCUGCUGAACACCUGUCUGACGGUGCGUGCUCACGAGGCAAACAGCCACGCCAACCGUGGCUGGGAGCGCUUCACCCAAAAAGUGAUUGAUCUCGUAGCGGCGCGGCGGACGUCCGGCGUGGUUUUCAUGGCCUGGGGCAACCCAGCUGGCAAGCGUGUGCAAAAGGUUGACAGAAAGCGGCACCUUGUUCUCCAAUCAGUGCACCCAAGCCCGCUGAGUGCAUCGAGGGGGUUUUUCACUUGUGGCCAUUUCAAGAAAGCCAAUGAGUGGCUAUCGACUAGAUAUGGAGAGGAUGGCGAGAUUGAUUGGAGUCUUGGCAAGCACGACACGCCGACCACGACGAAGGGACUCGCUGCCUUGGCGGCCAAGCAGGCAGACCUCGAUGAUGGUGUGGAUGAGGAUUGGGAGGCCGAGGCCGAAGCGGCCGCUGCCAUCGUCGACGCCGAAAGCAAGGCCAACGCCAUGGGCCCACCACCGACCCCGUCGCCCAAGAAGCAGGGCGAGGUUGGCCUCGAGACCCCGGAGGCGGAUGAGAAGACCAGGAAGGGUGGAUUGGGCAAAGAAAACGAGAACAUCGAAAUUCCGGCCUGACUAGCGGCGAGGCUGUUCUACAAACUCCAGUAGACCCAGACGAUCGGCUUCCUAAAACACCACGAUCAGGGUCUCGUAGGACAGCCUCACCUUACGCGACAUGCGCUCAGCAUCACGACCGACGCCACAACCACAUCACAACCACAUCACAACCACAUCACAAUCACACCACAGUCUGUUAUUUUUUGUAUGGCGUUUAAGGAUUGGAACGUCAACGCCGUCAGCGGGAUGGGGAUUUUGCAUUCGGAUAAUUGAUGAUUCGCAUGGUACUUUGGAUGAACUGUAAAUUGGAACCCUCACAUCCGGGGAAGCAUCAUGCUUGAAAGAUAUGACAGCAUACGUUGGGUGACAAGACCCUGACGACUUAUGUAACUGUAUGAAUAUACCGUCUUGCGUGGAUUGGCACCU